AUGGCGAAACCCGGUCGCGGUCGCCCUCGAUCAGGCUCUCGUUCUCGUUCUCGUUCUCGUUCCUCAUCCCGCUCUCGCUCGCGUUUGCGUUCCCCUGUAUCGCGACGUUCAGCUUCUUCUCGCUCGCGCUCGAUUUCCUACUCGAGCUCGUCGCGCUCCAGUACACGGUCGAGCUCCCGUUCUCGCUCCAGAUCAAGAUCAUUCUCAUCUUCAUCUCGCAGAAGUAGUUCUCGGAGCCCCAGCCCUACUCCUCGUCGAAAGAGCCCUGCUGAUGGAGUGAAAAGAGGACGUUCUCCACCACAAAAAACUAAGAGAACUUCCCCUCCCCCACGGAAAGCUUCUCCUAUUCCUGAAUCCCUUGUGUUACAUGUUGAUCAGCUGAGCAGGAAUGUGAAUGAGGGUCAUUUGAAGGAAAUAUUUGGUAAUUUUGGUGAAGUGGUUAAUGUACGACUGGCAAUUGACCAUGUUGUUAACCUUCCGAAAGGAUUUGCGUAUGUAGAGUUAAAAAAUAGGGCCGAUGCUGAAAAGGCCCAGCUAUACAUGGAUGGUGCUCAAAUUGACGGAAAAGUUGUAUGGGUCAAGUUCACUUUACCUGAAAGAAAGAAGAUACCAUCUCCCUCUAAGGCUGUUGUCACCACAUCAAGGAGAGAUGGCCCGAAGUCUCAGGAUGCUUCUGCAGAUGGCGACAAAGAUGGGCCGAAGCAGCCCAGAGAAGCGUCCCCUCGGAGGAAACCUCCUUCGCCUCCCCGAAGAUCUCCUGUAGUACGAAGAGGAUCUCCCCGGCGGGACCCACCGGGUUCUCCCCCACCCCGUAGACGUCCAGAUUCUCCUCGGCGUAGGCCUGAUUCUCCUUACAAGCGAGCUGGUUCUCCGCCUCCAAGGAGGAGGCCGGCAUCCCCCGGCAGAGGCCGUUCUCCUUCUUCACCUCCAAGGCGUUACCGGUCACCUCAAAGAGGAUCACCAAGAAGGAUGCGUGGUAGUCCCCUUCGUCGGCGAUCUCCUCCGCCGCCAAGACGAAGGUCGCCAAGACGUGCUCGGAGUCCUCCGCGGAGGUCUCCUAUUGGUCGUCGACCACGCAGCCGCUCUCCUCUGAGGAGGCCUGCUCGUUCUCCAUCAGGAUCCCCUUCUCCAAGGAGAGGCCGAGGCCCACCUCCUAGACGCGUUAGACGGUCUUAUUCUUCAUCACCUAGCCCGCGCAGGGGACCGAGAAGGGUAUCACGGAGCCGUAGUCCUAGAAGGCCUGUGAGAGGAAGAAGUCGUAGCAGCAGCAGAACGAGCACGAGCAGCUCUCCCCCACCUGCUCGUAAGCCUUAA